AGCCCGGCCCCGCGGGGACCCCGCAAAGAGCUGCUGCGCCGCCACAGCUCCUCCUCGGGCCCCCCCAGCCCCCGGCAGCGCCUGAGCCGCAAAGCGGCGUCGUCAGCGAACCUGCUGCAGGGCAGCCCCGAGAGCCGCCCGAAGGAGCCGACCCUGAGCCCAGCCUCCCGCCGUGGCAAUUACAACCUGGAGGGGGUGUCGGUGAAGAUGUUCCUGCGGGGCCGCCCCAUCACCAUGUACGUGCCCUCGGGGCUGGGCCCCCUGCGCGCCGAGCUGCCCCCGGAGCGCCUGCAGCUCGACUGGGUUUACGGGUACCGGGGCCGGGACUCGCGCUCCAACCUGCACGUGCUGGGCUCGGGGGAGCUCGUUUACUUCAUCGCCUGCGUGGUGGUGCUGCUGCAGCUGCCAGCGCGGCGCCAGCGCCACUACCUGCGCCACAGCGACUGCGUCAGGUGCCUGGCCGUGCACCCCGACCGGCUCCGCGUGGCCACCGGGCAGGCGGCCGGAGUGGACAAGGACGGCAAGCCCCUGCAGCCCAUCGUGUACAUCUGGGAUUCGGCCACGCUCCAGACCCUGCAGCAGAUCGGCCUCGGCUCCUUCGAGCGCGGCGUGGGCUCGCUGGCCUUCUCCACGGCUGACCAGGGCGCAUUCCUGUGCGUGGUCGAUGACUCCAACGAGCACAUGAUGUCGGUGUGGGACUGCGCCCGCGGCACCAAGCAGGCCGAGGUCAAGAGCACCAACGAGUCGGUGCUGACGGUGGAGUUCAACCCCCGCGACAGCAGCAGCAUCGUCAGCAGCGGCAAAUCCCACGUCUUCUUCUGGAGCUGGAGCGGCGGCGCGCUCACCAAGAAACACGGCAUCUUCGGGAAAUACAAGAAGCCCAAGUUCAUCCAGUGCUUCAUCUUCGAUGCCGCCGGGGCGCUGCUGACCGGGGACUCGGAGGGGAACAUCCUCACCUGGACCCGCACCCCGGGGAAGGGGGGAAAAGAGAUGUACCAGAUCGGGCAGCAGACACGGGCCCACGAGGGCAGCGUGUUCGCGCUCUGCCGCCGCCGCGACGGGACCGUGCUCAGCGGGGGCGGGAAGGACCGCAGGGUGCUCAGCUGGAGCCCCACGCUGGAGCUGCUGCACGAGGUUGAGCUCCCCGAGAGCUUCGGCGCCGUCCGCACGAUCGCGGAGGGUCCCGGGGAGGAGCUGCUGGUCGGGACCACGCGGAAUGCGCUGCUCCGGGGCACGCUGGGCUCCGGCUUCACCCCCAUCGUCCAGGGUCACACGGACGAGGUUUGGGGUCUGGCCACGCACCCCAACUGCUGCCGCUUCCUCACCUGCGGCCACGACCGCCAGCUCUGCCUGUGGGACGGCCGCGAGCACGCGCUGGCCUGGAGCCUGGCGCUGGAGGACACCGGGCUCUGCGCCGACUUCCACCCCGGGGGACACGUGGUGGCCGUGGGGCUGCUGAGCGGGCGGUGGCUGGUGCUGGACACGGGCACGCGGCAGCUCCUGGCCGGGGGCUCGGACGGGAACGAGCAGCUCUCGGUGGUUCGCUUCUCACCGGAUGGGACCUUCCUGGCCAUCGGCUCCCACGACAAUUUCAUCUACAUCUACAGCGUGGCCGAGGGCGGCCGCAAGUUCAGCCGCUUCGGCCGCUGCACCGGUCACUCGAGUUUCAUCACCCACCUGGACUGGUCCAAGGACGGGCGGUUCAUCAUGUCCAACUCGGGGGAUUAUGAGAUCCUCUACUGGGACGUGGCCGGGGGCUGCAAAUUGCUGCGGAACCGCUUCGAGAGUCGGGACCGGGAAUGGGCCUCCUACACCUGCGUGCUGGGCUUCCACGUCUUCGGGGUGUGGCCGGACGGCUCGGACGGCACCGACAUCAACUCGCUGUGCCGCUCGCACCACGAGCGCGUGGUGGCCGUGGCCGACGACUUCUGCAAGGUUCACCUGUUCCAGUACCCCUGUGCCCGGCCCAAGGCUCCCAGUCACGUGUACGGCGGGCACGGCAGCCACGUGACCAACGUGCGCUUCACGCACGACGAUGGACACUUGGUGUCGCUGGGCGGGAAGGACACCAGCGUCUUCCAGUGGCGGGUGCUGCCCGGGGACAGCGCCUGAGCCCCGCGCCUUCCUCCUCCUCCUCCUCGCUGCUUCAUCUUCCCCCUUUUCCCCCCUUCUUGGGACCAAAGAGCGGCUCGGGGUUUGGUGAAAAGCCUUCCCCCCCGCCGCGUUUUCGCGCUGCACUGUGAGAGGCGUCAAUAAAAGCCUUGGGGUCAGGG